UCUUCCUCAUCCUCUUAAAUUCUCCCGCCUCCAAACCCUAAAAAUCAAAUGGAGCUUCUCGUCGCGUCCUCAUCCGUCGACUCCACUAUCGGAUCCUGGGACCUUCGAUCUGGAUCCGAACAGCUCCGAUACCGCUCCUCCGCCUCCCCUCCUCACGGCCUCCUCUCCGUUUCCCGCCGUUUCCUCGCCUCCUCUCAAAUCCGCGACUCCCCCAAAUCCUCAUCCUCUCAGAUUCUCUUUUGGUCUUGGGACAAGCCCCAAAUUGAGGUCAGAAGUUUUCCAGCUGAGCCUAUUGGGCCGAUUGUGUCGAAUUCUGAUGGGGCUUAUAUCGUUGGUGGUGGCUCUUCUGGUUCCAUUUAUUUAUGGGAGGUGGCAAGUGGCAAGCUGCUGAACAAGUGGCACGCUCACUACAGAUCUGUCACUUGCCUUACAUUGUCUGAUGACGAGUCUCUAUUGAUAUCUGGAUCGGAGGAUGGAUGUGUCAGAGUGUGGUCACUUUUGAUGAUGUUCGAUGACAUGGGGAAGGAAGCUGCAAGGAAUCUCUACAAAUAUAGUUUCUCAGAACACAGUUUACGUGUUACUGAUGUUGUUUGUGGUCAUGGACUUUGCAACUCUAUCAUUAUCUCAUCUUCUGAGGACCGUACCUGUAAGAUUUGGAGCUUAUCUGAAGGUAUAUUAUUGAGGAAUAUUGUGUUUCCUUCCGUAAUCGAUGCAAUUGCAAUGGACCCUGGAGAGCAUGCAUUUUAUGCUGGUGGUAGAGAUGGCAGGAUAUAUAUUGCUGCACUUAAUGCUGAACCUGAUCCUGACAACCGUUAUGGAAUGUACAUCAUUGGAUCCUUAUCUGACCAAAGCAAAGCUGUGACUUGCCUAACAUUUAGCACGGAUGGAGUUACUCUGGUUUCUGGAUCAGAGGAUGGUAUGGUUCGGGUUUGGGAUACUAAAAGUCAGCAUGUUAGUCGUGUACUUAAGCAUGGGAAAGGUCCUGUCAGUAAUGUCCUCAUAGUUAGGCAACCUCUCCGCUCAGGUCCUCAAGGAUUUGGAAAUUCCCAAGUAUCCAUGUCUAGAAAGCGAUCGAAUUUGUCACUGCCACCACCUUUGGAGAAGUAUAUAAAGACAUCAGAUGCAGAAGCUGGAAAUAAAUCUUUAGCUGUUCUUCACCCAUCUUGGCAGGAUUCGCAUGAUAGCCAAUAUUGCAGCUCCUAUAUCAUGGAGAGUCAAAUCAAGGACCUUCAGAAUUAAUGGUUACAUUGAAGUCUCCCACCACAACCCAAGGGCCUAAAAAGGCAUUUUUAACCUCUUUAAGCUCCUGCCAAAAAAGGGCUCU